UUUUUUUUUUUCCAAUUUGUAUAAAUAUCGAAGUGCCAAGCAUGAACCAAAAACUGAAGAAAAGAAAAUGGACGGCUUUGAUCAGCUACCGGAUUCUCUGAUCCUCCUGAUCUUCAACUCAGUCUCCGACGUCAAAAGCCUGAUACGUUGCCGUUCCGUCUCCAAACGAUUCAACUCUCUCGUACCGCAAACUGAUUCGAUCCUCUUGAAAAUCGACCGCGUCAUCUCGUCGGAGUCAGACUCCGACUCGUUGUUCCUCACCCUCCUCAAGUCCUUUUUCAACUUCAUCCUACCCAAGCCUACACAGAGUCCACUCCCGAGCCGGACGCACACUUACCCGGCUCAAAUCCUCUCCCGGUUCCAACGAAUCAGGGAACUCCACGUGGAAUUACCGGCCGGGGAUCUUCAAUUAGAGAAAGGCACGGUGGUUAAGUGGAGAGCGGAGUUCGGCGAGGCGUUGAAAACCUGCGUCAUAUUCGGGUUCCGUUUGGGUCAUGACGGGAAUUACGAAACGGAGUUCGCGGGAGGGUUGAAGAGGCGCGUGAUGUGGACGAUAAGCGCGUUGAUGGCUGCUUCCGUUAGGCAUUUCCUGUUACGGGAAGUGGUUAGGGAACACAAGGGGAUGGAAGAGUUAGUUAUAACGGACAGGGAAGGGGAAGGGGAGGUGCUAAUGGAGGAACAAGGGCUGAGGGAGUGGAGGGAGGCACGUGAGAGUCACGUGAGGGUGGAGGAAGAAGAGGAGGAGAGAGGGAGGACAGUGGUCCCGAGUGUAAGGAUGAGGAUGAGGCAUGAGCCAAGGUUGGGGGCGACGCUGGUGGUGGUAAGGGCGGUGAAAGAUGGGACCCACAAUGGGAGGGAAGCAGACGUGGAAGAUGCUGAUUUGGCAGUGAGGGCUUUCGGGAAUGGCGUAUAUGGGGAUGCUGUCAGGGAAUUGCUUAAGGCGAGGAGCUAUCUUCUGGAAAUGAACUCGUUUUAGUAUUUGUAUUUGUAUGUAUAUACUCCACUGUAUGUAGCUUUGUUUAUAUACCAAAAUGGAAAAAAAAAUACGAUUGGACAAUGCAA